CUUUAUAUAUCUAUCACCUUCAACUCGACGUCCUCAUAUCGGAACAAUCCGAAAUACGAAAGCCACCUCAAAAGCCAACCAAAACAAAGCUUUCUAUCUUUUAAUCAAGAGUUCUUGAUUCUUUGAUUAGCUUGUUUUCUUGAAUACUGCCAAGUUUUUUUUUUUUGUUUCUUGAUUUCUUGUUAUACUUAUAUCUUUUCUUCAAUGGCGCCAAAAACUGAAGGCAAGGCCAUUGGUAUCGAUCUUGGCACCACCUACAGCUGCGUGGGUGUGUGGCAGAACGACCGGGUUGAGAUCAUGGCCAAUGAUCAGGGCAACAGAACUACUCCUUCUUAUGUUGCCUUCACUGACACCGAGCGUCUCAUUGGGGAUGCAGCUAAGAACCAAGUUGCUAUGAACCCUCAAAACACUGUCUUUGAUGCCAAACGUCUCAUUGGUAGGCGGUUUUCUGAUCCUUCUGUGCAGAGCGACAUGAAGCACUGGCCUUUCAAGGUUAUUUCUGGUCCUGGUGAUAAGCCUAUGAUUGUGGUGCAAUACAAAGGUGAAGAAAAGCAAUUUGCGCCUGAGGAGAUUUCUUCUAUGGUGCUAACCAAGAUGAAGGAGAUUGCAGAGGCUUAUCUGGGUCAGACAGUGAAGAAUGCCGUGAUCACAGUGCCUGCUUAUUUCAAUGACUCGCAAAGGCAGGCCACCAAGGAUGCUGGUGCUAUUGCAGGGGUGAACGUCAUGAGAAUUAUCAAUGAGCCUACAGCUGCAGCCAUUGCUUACGGUUUGGACAAGAAAGGUUCGAGGACUGGAGAAAAGAACGUGUUAAUUUUCGAUCUUGGUGGAGGGACAUUUGAUGUUUCUCUUCUGACGAUCGAGGAGGGUAUAUUUGAAGUGAAGGCAACUGCUGGAGACACCCACCUUGGAGGAGAGGACUUCGAUAAUAGGCUUGUCAACCAUUUCGUUGCAGAGUUCAAGAGGAAGCACAAGAAGGAUAUUAGUACUAAUGCGAGAGCCUUGAGAAGGUUGAGAACCGCCUGCGAGAGAGCAAAGAGGACUCUGUCUUCAACCUCGCAAACAACCAUUGAGAUUGAUUCUCUCUACGAAGGGAUUGAUUUCUAUGCGACCAUCACUAGAGCAAGAUUUGAAGAGCUGAACAUGGAUUUGUUUAGAAAGUGCAUGGAACCCGUGGAGAAAUGUCUUCGUGACUCCAAGAUCGAUAAGAGUCAAGUUCAUGACGUUGUGCUCGUUGGUGGGUCAACAAGAAUUCCUAAAGUUCAGCAACUUUUGCAAGAUAUCUUCAACGGAAAGGAGCUCUGCAAGAGCAUAAACCCCGACGAGGCUGUCGCUUAUGGAGCAGCUGUCCAAGCUGCAAUUCUUAGUGGUGAAGGGGAUGAGAAGGUUCAAGAUUUACUUCUCUUGGAUGUUACUCCUCUCAGCCUCGGAAUUGAGACUGCUGGUGGUGUAAUGACAGUCUUGAUUCCAAGGAACACCACGAUUCCUACCAAAAAAGAGCAAAUCUUCUCUACAUACUCUGAUAAUCAACCAGGAGUGCUUAUUCAGGUGUAUGAAGGUGAAAGAGCUAGAACCAAGGAUAAUAAUCUUCUUGGAAAAUUCGAGCUCACCGGAAUCCCUCCUGCACCCAGAGGCGUUCCUCAGAUUAAUGUGUGUUUCGACAUUGACGCCAAUGGUAUUGUGAAUGUCUCUGCCGAGGAUAAGACUGCUGGAGUGAAGAACAAGAUAACAAUCACUAACGAUAAAGGAAGAUUGAGCAAGGAAGAGAUUGAAAGAAUGGUGCAAGAAGCAGAGAAGUACAAAGCAGAGGAUGAGGAGGUGAAGAAGAAGGUGGAGGCCAAGAACUCUUUGGAGAACUACGCAUACAACAUGAGAAAUACAGUGAAGGAUGACAAGUUCGCCGGAAAAUUGGCUCCAGCCGACAAGGGGAAGAUUGAAAAGGCAAUUGAUGAGACUAUUGAGUGGUUGGACAGAAACCAAUUAGCAGAGGUGGAGGAGUUUGAGGACAAGUUGAAGGAGCUUGAGGGCUUGUGCAAUCCAAUUAUUGCAAAGAUGUAUCAGGGCGGUGCUGAGGGUGAUGUACCAAUGGGUGGCGCCGAAAUGCCGAACAGCAACUAUGGCAAGACUAGCUCCGGCGGUUCUGGUGCCGGGCCCAAGAUCGAAGAAGUUGAUUAAGGCAUGAACGUGUGUGUGCAAAUUAGAAUGUUCUGUAAUUAGGCUCUGCUUUGGUCCUCUGUUUUAUUUCAUGCUUGAAUGAGUUCCUGUGGGAGUGUGGAGUCGUCGUUUGAGGCAAAGAUAGAGGAACUCAAGGUGUUGAAAACUUUUGUUCAUGUAAACUAAUACUUAAAACAACAAUAAUAAAAGAAAAUUUAUUAGUGUUC